AUGGAUAAGAGUUGGACUUCUAAUAAGAACAGACUAUCUACCAAGUUUAUCAAUGGAUUGAAGAACUUCAUUACAUUAUCAAGAGAUCACUUGAAUGAUGAGAAUAAGAUUCGAUGUCCAUGUGUCAUGUGUAUGAAUUUAUACUUUCAUGACUUGGAGACAGUUGAGCGUCAUAUCUUCAUAAAAUUAUUUUAUACCCACUAUGUUAAAUGGGUACAUCACGGGGAGAAUAUUGUAGAUGAAAGUGAUGGUGAGGAUGAUGCUAAUGAUUUCGAUGAUCUUGAAGAUGUUGAUGAUCUUGAUGAUGUCGAUGAUGCUGAAGAGAGUGACAAUAAUUACACUAGUGAUGAUGAUAUGAUCCCAGCGAUUGAAGAUUUAACUCAACAAGACCCUACAAAGAGUAGUUUUGCAAACUUUGGGGAUUCAACUCACCGAAAAGAGAAGGGGCAAAAAUUUCAUAACUUAUUUGCUGAAGUAGAAAAAGAGUUGUACCCUGGAUACAAUAAAGAUGCUGAAAAUUGUCAUAUUUGUGGUCAUGAAAGAUAUAAGUUUAAAGGAACCAAAGGCAAGAAAAUACCACAUAAAAAGAUGCAUUAUUUUCCUAUAACUCCACGUUUGCAACGACUUUUUAUGUCAAGACAUACAUCAUCAGAUAUGAGGUGCCACAAAGAAGAACGUGUUGAUACUGAAGGUGUACUUAGACAUCCGGCAGAUGCAGCGGUUUGGAAGGAUUUUGAUAAGCAAUACCCCGAUUUUGCUAAAGAACCUCGAAAUAUUAGGUUAGGAUUUGCAACUGAUGGGUUUAAUCCUUUUGGUGAUUUAUCAAACUCGUAUAGUAUGUGGCCAGUAAUACUGAUGCCAUAUAACAUGCCGCCAUGGAUAUGUAUGAAACGAGAAUUCUUAAUGAUGUCAUUACUAAUUCCUGGGCGUCGUGCUCCCGGUAAGGAUAUAGAUGUCUAUUUACAACCUUUAAUCGAAGAGUUAAAAGAAUUGUGGGAGAAAGGGGUACAAACUUUUGAUGUUGUCGACAAAACAUACUUUAUCAUGCGUGCUGCUAUAUUAUGGACAAUUAAUGAUUUUUCUGCAUAUGGCACUGUGUCUGGGUAUAGCACUUGA